AUGCCCAUCCAGAAAGCUGAGAAAGAAGCUGGACAAAAUACCAUUUCAGACCUGGAAAGUCCUCUCGCAGCUACCGAUCAUGAAGCCAUCCUCGAUACAAUCAGUUCCAACACACUCUCAAUCGGAGAGGUUGCUAAAUCAUUAACCCCCGAUCAGAAAUCUUUCAUCUUGAGAAGAUUGCAUUUCGAUACCUUACUUUCAUUUGAUAAAUUACCACCGCAGGCUACUUUUAUGUUUGAAAAAAUUGAAGAAAUCACAACUGAUCAAGCAAUUGAGAUUUUAAAAGAAGCGAUUAUUGAACAUGAUGGAGAUAUUAAUGUCCCUAAUGAAGAUGAAAUCCUUUGGAAGGCAUUAGUUGAAAAUCCCGAUAUCACUACCACAGUUAACAAAGAUGAGACGACCGCCCCACUUUCAGAGAAGGAAAAACUGUCAGACCACCAUGAAGAAAACGUAUAUGAUCUUGACUACUACCACAUUGUUGACUGGAGUUUACAAGUCAGGUUAGAAGCUGCUUUGUUACACUAUUGGUCACCAUAUCCUGAAGUCCGUUCCGUCUGUGAUCCAUAUGAUGAUCCGUCCGUACCUGUUGAAACUGUUCGCGUCUAUAUAAUCGGAAUUUUCUGGACUGCGGUUGGUUCUGUUAUUAAUAUGUUCUUUAACAAUAGACAACCUAGUAUUACUUUAAGUGUUGCUGUAGUACAAAUAUUACUUUAUCCAAGUGGGUUAUUAAUGGAAUAUAUCUUACCUAAAUGGGAUUUCAAAGUAUUUGGACAAACAAUUUCAUUAAAUCCAGGACCAUAUACAUUCAAAGAACAAAUGUUAGCUACUAUUUUUGUUGCGGUUUCUGGUGGAGCUGCAAGUUAUGCAACUUACAAUAUUGUGGUUCACAAAAUGCCAAUGUUCUACAAUAAUCAAUGGGUUGAUUUUGGAUAUCAAACCUUGUUGAUUUUAGCAACAAAUUUCCUUGGGUUUGGAUUAGCUGGUAUCAUGAGGAAAUUUGCUGUUUAUCCUGUGAAAUCACUUUGGCCAUCUAUCUUACCUAAUAUCGCCAUGAAUCGAGCAUUGAUGAGCCCCGAAUUAAAACAAAAUAUAAAUGGGUGGGUUGUGUCUAGGUAUAGGUUCUUUUUCAUUGCUUUUGCUGGUUCAUUUGCUUAUUUCUGGGUUGUUAAUUAUUUCUUCCAAGCAUUAUCGAUAUUUAAUUGGAUUACUUGGAUCAGUCCCCAGAAUUUACAUUUGGCAGUUAUGACUGGAACACUUGGUGGAUUGGGACUUAAUCCAGUUGCUACAUUUGAUUGGAAUAUUAUCAGUUAUCUCUCUCCAUUAAUUUUACCAUUCUAUACCCAGGCUGCAACUAUGAUUGGAAUGGCGAUUGGUUUUGUGACUAUCCUUGGUGUAUGGUACACAAACUAUAAAUGGACAGCAUAUCUUCCCAUCAAUUCUAAUGCACUUUUUACCAACACGGGUGAAACAUAUAUGGUAACUUCUAUUGUCAAUGAGAGAUCACUCUUCGAUCAAGAAAAAUAUGAAUCAUAUGGUCCACCAUUCAAUUCAGCUGCUAGUUUGGUAGUUUAUGGUGCUUUUUUUGCUCUUUAUCCAUUCCAUAUUGUUUAUGAAUGUACUGUUAACCAUAAACAGAUGAAGGAUGCUAUGAAAUCUCUUGGUAAGACACUCAAGAAUUUCAGAAGGUCAACAUUUGAGGGUCAUAAUGAUCCUCAUACACAAAUGAUGAAAGUAUAUCCUGAGGUUCCAGAAUGGGCAUUUUUGGUAAUUUUGGUUGUAUCGAUUGUUUUUGCAAUAUUGUGUGUAAAGCUAUAUCCUGCUGAGACUCCAGUUUGGGGUAUUUUCUUUGCCAUUGGAAUUAACUUUAUAUUUUUGAUUCCGAUUACUACCAUCUAUGCAAGAUCAGGUUUUAGUUUUGGAUUGAACAUUAUUGUUGAAUUAUUGGUUGGUUAUAUGAUCCCAAACAAUGGUUUGGCAUUAAAUUUCAUCAAAGCAUUAGGUUACAACAUUGAUGCGCAAGCUCAGAAUUUCGUGAAUGAUUUAAAACUAGGUCAUUAUACAAAAAUCCCACCAAGAGCAUUAUUCAGGUGUCAAUUGGUUUCUGUUUUCAUUGCUUCAUUUGUUCAAUUAGCUGUAUUAAACUUCCAAAUUGAAAAUGUUGCUGGUUUCUGUGAGCCCGAUAAUCAUCAGAAAUUCACUUGUCCAGGUGCAAGAUCGUUCUAUAGUGCUUCGAUUAUGUUUGGGGUUAUCGGUCCAAAGAAAUUAUUUACAGGGUUAUAUCCUAUCUUGCAAUGGUGUUUCUUGAUUGGAUUCCUUUUGGCCUUCCCAUGUGUUGCAAUUAAGAAAUAUGGUCCUAGAAAAUUUGUGAAGUUUUUUGAACCUUCAAUUGUCAUUGGUGGAAUGUUGUACUAUGCACCUUAUAACUUGUCCUACUUCAUUGGAGGAUUCUACGCUUCAUUCGCAUUUAUGCAUUAUAUCAAGAAGAGGUAUGAGGCUUGGUGGCAGAAGUAUAAUUAUAUUUUAACCUGUGGUUUGAGUGCUGGUGUAGCUUUUUCUUCAAUCAUCAUCUUCUUUGCUGUAUUCUAUACCGAAAGAGAACUCAAUUGGUGGGGAAACCUUGUGUCGUUUGCAGGUAUUGAUGCUAGGAUUACUGGUAGAUUGAAUGCUACGGAGGUAGCACCAGAAGGUUAUUUUGGACCUAGAGCUGGAAAUUUCCCUUGA